GCAUCUGAAAAUUCUGUGAUACUGCAAUCUACAACACUCUUCUUCCCUACCCCCAAUUCGAGUUCAACACCACUUUCUCGGCCAUCCUCAUCACUCUCUCAAGGGAUGGCCAUCAACUCUCUUUUCUCCUUCCCUUCAACUCUACAAAACAAGCAAUCCCUUUUCUCUUUCUCUUCUCUAAACCCAAAACUCAGUUAUUCUUCAUCUCCAGCAUCAAUUCCUCACUUCCCAACUCCCCCACUAAGAAAUCCAAGAACUAUCAGGAGGUCCCUCAUCAUCGCCCAAUCCAAGGACAGCAACUCCGCCGAUGCGCCGGACCGGUUAAUAUCUGCCAUCACUUACUUCUACCCCUUCUUCGAUGGCAUUCAGUACGGAAAAUAUGUCAUCACGCAGUUUUCUCCCUUUCAGGCCUUCAUCCAACCAUUGGUUCCAGCUAUUAGGGUCUUCAAGAGCUUUCCCUUUAAUGGGUUCUUGGUAUUCUUGACGCUCUACUUCGUUGUUGUGAGGAACCCCAACUUCAGUAGGUAUGUAAGGUUCAAUACUAUGCAGGCUAUUGUUCUUGAUGUGCUUUUGAUAUUUCCUGACCUGUUGGAGAGGAGUUUUAGCCCGAGAGAUGGGGUGGGGUUGGACUUGAUGAUGAGCUUGGAUAGCACUGUGUUUUUGUUCCUCUUGGUUUGCUUGAUUUAUGGCUCGUCUUCUUGUUUGCUGGGCCAGCUCCCAAGAUUGCCUCUUGUUGCUGAUGCUGCUGAUAGGCAAGUGCUGUAGAUAUUAUAAUUGUCUGCUACUUGCUGAUUCUUAUGUAUUUAGAUUGAUACAUCUGGACAUAUUAGAAUGCUGAGUUUGUUAUGAUAAGGAAAUUUUCACUGAUAAGCUGUUAAUUCCAUAGUUGUGUCUUGUCCUGAUAUGAAGUCUGGAGUAGUGGUGAAUGAAUGCUCA